AGGCCAAGCUGUGUCAGGGGCCCGCGAGACUCGGCCUAGAGCUGGCCGGCUUAAGUCCGCAGGCGAAGACGCCCAACUUUGCCUCCUGGGGAAUGUGAAGGAAACGCUCGGAACCAUUCGGAAGGACUCGGUCAGCACUUCGGUCAGCUUCGUUCUGCCUAGGUUCCCGACUCGUGGCCUCGGCUCGGCUCGGCUCCCGCUCGGCUCGGCUCGGCUCCGGAGGCGGCCUCGGCUCAGCUCGGUGGGAGGCAGGGCGCUGCUUCGGUCCUUGAUCGGGCGGCGGCUUCGGGUGGCCUCGGUCCGGCUCGGGCAACCUCUUCGGGCCCUGCUUCGGGCGGGCCCGGACGCGCCUUCGGGCGGGCUCGGCGGAGUCCGGAUGGAGGACUCGGACUCCUCAGCAAAGCAACUGGGCCUGGCCGAGGCAGCGGCGGCGGCCGCGGCCGCGGCAGGGAGCGAGGCAGAGGAACCGGUGCUGAACAGGGACGAAGACUCAGAGGAAGACGCAGACUCAGAGGCGGAGCGCGAGGCGCGUCGGGUCACGGCCGUGGCGGUGAUGGCGGCGGAGCCCGCGCACAUGGACAUGGGCGCCGAGGCCCUGCCUGGGCCCGACGAGGCCGCUGCCGCCGCCGCCUUCGCAGAAGUGACUACCGUAACGGUAGCCAACAUGGGUGCCUCUGCGGACAAUGUCUUCACAACAUCGGUGGCGAAUGCUGCGUCCAUCUCAGGACACGUCCUGUCUGGCAGGACCGCACUACAGAUUGGGGACAGCCUGAACACUGAGAAGGCCACGCUGAUUGUCGUCCACACAGAUGGGAGCAUCGUGGAGACCACUGGCCUGAAGGGUCCAGCGGCUCCUCUUACCCCAGGCCCUCAGUCCCCUCCCACUCCGCUGGCUCCUGGCCAGGAAAAAGGAGCCACCAAGUACAACUGGGACCCGUCAGUGUAUGACAGCGAGCUGCCAGUGCGCUGCCGAAACAUCAGUGGCACGCUUUAUAAAAGCAGGCUGGGCUCAGGGGGCCGGGGGCGCUGCAUUAAGCAGGGGGAGAACUGGUACAGCCCUACAGAAUUUGAGGCCAUGGCAGGAAGAGCCAGCAGCAAGGACUGGAAGAGAAGCAUCCGCUACGCCGGCCGGCCACUGCAGUGCCUCAUCCAGGAUGGAAUCUUGAACCCGCAUGCAGCCUCUUGUACCUGCGCAGCCUGCUGUGAUGACAUGACCCUGAGUGGCCCGGUCCGGCUCUUUGUGCCCUACAAGAGGCGAAAGAAGGAGAACGAACUGCCCACAACACCGCUGAAGAAGGACUCUCCCAAGAACAUCACGCUGCUCCCGGCCACUGCUGCCACCACCUUCACUGUGACACCAUCGGGGCAGAUCACCACUUCAGGGGCACUGACCUUUGACCGUACAUCCACCGUGGAGGCCACAGCUGUCAUCUCUGAGAGCCCAGCCCAGGGCGAUGUCUUCACAGGAGCCACAGUGCAGGAGGCCGGUGUGCAGCCUCCCUGCCGGGUCGGCCACCCUGAGCCCCACUACCCUGGCUACCAGGACAGCUGCCAGAUCGCACCUUUCCCUGAGGCCGCACUGCCAACGUCACACCCCAAGCUAGUGCUCACGUCCCUGCCUGCCCUGGCCGUCCCACCUUCCACCCCUACCAAGCCUGUCUCCCCGGCGUCUCUCAGUGGGCUGGAGAUGACAGAGCCUCGGAGCUGGCUGUACUUGGAAGAGAUGGUCAACAAUUUGUUGAACACGGCGCAGCAGCUGAAGACAUUGUUUGAACAGGCCAAGCAGGCCAGCACCUGCCGUGAAGCUGCCGCGUCUCAGGCCAGGAUGCAGGCUGACGCAGAGCGGAAAGAGGCUGAGCCACUGACUGCCCUGCUCCCCCUGCAGCAGUCAUGUGUGAACUGCGGCCGGGAGGCCCUGAGCGAGUGCACCGGCUGCCACAAGGUCAACUACUGCUCCACAUUCUGCCAGCGCAAGUGCUACGGAUGGAACCCAAGGGUGCUCUCCUACUAAGCUACAUGCCUAGCCCUUUGUACUUGUUCUUUUGAGACAGGGUCCCCAUACAUUGCCAGACUGGCUUUAAACUUGUAAUCCUCCUGCCUCAGCCUCCUGAGUAUCAGGGUUACAGACCCACACCACUGUGGCUGGCUGGGAAUCUUGUUUUUAAGUCCAUCUUGGUGAUUGUCAGAUCCUGAACAGAAACCUCAGGAGUGUGGGGAAGGCUGAACCCCAAGUGGGUUUGAACAGGCGUGGGGAGCACAGGCUGCUACCCUGGCCCAGCAGCUCUGGGGGCGAAGGCCAGGCCUGCCUCCUCCAGUUCCUGCACGUCUUGUUGCCCCCACUACCCUGCUACGUGGCUGUUACCCUUACCUCC